CCGCGAUCGCAGGAAGAAGCCCGUCAUGCUGUUCAUCCACGGCGGCUCGUACAUGGAGGGCACCGGGAACAUGUUUGACGCCAGCGUCCUCGCCGCCUACGGCAACGUGAUCGUGGUGACCAUGAACUACCGACUGGGCGUGCUCGGUUUCCUCAGCACCGGCGAUCAGUCCGCAAAGGGGAACUACGGCCUGCUGGACCAGAUUCAGGCUCUGCGCUGGCUCAACGAAAACAUCGGCCAUUUUGGCGGCGACCCCGAGAGGAUCACCAUCUUUGGAUCUGGAGCAGGGGCCUCCUGCGUUAACCUGCUCAUCCUGUCUCACCACUCUGAAGGUCUGUUCCAUCGGGCCAUUGCUCAGAGCGGCACAGCCAUCUCCAGCUGGUCCGUCAACUACCAGCUGAAAUACACCAAGAACCUGGCCAAGAAGGUGGGCUGCACCUACUCAGAGACCGCCGACCUGGUGGACUGCCUGAGGAGGAAGACCUUCAGGGAGCUGGUGGACCAGGACAUCCAGCCCGCCCGCUACCACAUCGCCUUCGGCCCCGUGGUGGACGGAGACGUGGUGCCGGACGACCCGGAGAUCCUCAUGCAGCAGGGGGAGUUCCUCAACUAUGACAUCCUCAUAGGUGUGAACCAGGGAGAAGGACUGAAAUUUGUGGACGACAGCGAGGACAACGAUGGCAUCUCUGCUGCAGCGUUCGACUACACGAUCUCUAACUUUGUGGACAAUCUCUACGGAUAUCCUGAAGGCAAAGACAUCCUGAGAGAAACCAUAAAGUUCAUGUACACAGACUGGGCAGACAGAGACAAUGGUGACAUGAGAAGAAAGACUCUCCUGGCUUUGUUCACAGACCACCAGUGGGUGGCGCCAGCUGUGGCCACUGCUAAACUUCACGCUGAGUUCCAGUCGCCUGUCUAUUUCUACACAUUUUACCACCACUGCCAGACAGAAACGCGACCCGAAUGGGCCGAUGCCGCACACGGAGAUGAGAUACCGUACGUGUUUGGCGUGCCGAUGAUCGGCGCCACUGACUUGUUCCCGUGCAACUUCUCGAAGAAUGACGUGAUGCUGAGCGCUGUGGUCAUGACUUACUGGACUAACUUUGCCAAAACUGGUGACCCCAACCUCCCCGUCCCAGACACGAAGUUCAUUCACACCAAACCCAACCGCUUUGAAGAGGUCAUCUGGACAAAGUUCAACCCAAAGGACAAGCAGUAUCUCCAUAUUGGCUUAAAACCUCGAGUUCGGGACAACUACAGGGCGAACAAGGUGGCUUUCUGGCUGGAACUUGUCCCCCAUCUUCAUAGCCUACAUGAGAUCUUCCCCACCACAACCCGAUCACCGUCUGGUCCUGGUCCAGGCCCAGACACCUAUAGACCCAGGCCAAGGACUCCAGGUCCUCGAACCACUCCCCACCCCUACUCAACCUUCACCUCUGAUCCUGAAACCGAGGGCUCGGACCGUCCAAUCCAGGACCUCUUUCCUGGAGACACCCGUGACUACUCCACUGAGCUGAGUGUCACGGUGGCUGUGGGAGCUUCUCUUCUGUUCCUCAACAUCCUGGCAUUCGCGGCCCUUUACUACAAACGCGACAAACGGCACGAGAUGCGACGGCACCGACUGUCUCCUCAGCGCGGCGUUCCCGCCAAUGACCUCGCUCACAGCCAGGAGGAGGAAAUCAUGUCCCUGCAGAUGAAGCACUCUGAGCACGACGCUCACCACGACCUGGAGCCCCUUCGACCACAUGACAUCCUGCGACCCGCCUGCCCGCCCGACUACACGCUGGCGCUGCGCCGGGCUCCGGACGAUGUGCCGUUGAUGACGCCCAAUACCAUCACUAUGAUCCCAAGCACCAUCACCAGCAUGCAGCCUCUUCAUGCCUUCAACACCUUCCCUUCCACCGGCCACAACAACACCCUGCCACACCCCCACUCCACCACCAGGGUAUAGUAGGGACUGGCCCACCCAGCACCACCUAAACACAGGGAGUACUGGAUCUCCUACUGAAUCAGAAGGGAGGCCUGUGGUUGAGGGCCUUCAUUCUCUUCUUACAUUCUCUCGUUUCUCAAAAAGGAACUCCACCUCCUCCAUCAUGUGCUGUACAGCUUGGAGACAUAAUGAACUGCGUUGGAGCAGACGAUCAGCUCGGAGGUGACGUCGAUCUUUCAGACAUACCUUUUUCCAGGAGGGUGCACAGUUUCCAAUCUAAAGAAAUUUUCAAAGGGACAAACGCUUUUGGACCUUUGAUGUUCUCUCUUUUUUACUUUGGUGUCAGCUUUUACUGUCUUCUAGAGUGUUGUGUGAAGUUUCUUAUUUGUUUCUUUUCUACAUCUGUGUCUUAUUUACGGCUCAUUCGACUUCUCCCUCCUUCGGGUGCUUCUUUGCUUUAAGGAGCAACAACGUACUGAGAUGUCAGAAGUAACGUCAUUUCAGUCGACCAACACGGUUCGUGCCAAAUGUGUUUUUUGCUUUCUGAUCAAGGCUGAAAUGAAUUUCAAUCCCUGUCUGAUAACAGCUGUAUGUUCUCAUGACCAAGUGCCAAACUGGCCUUUGAUUGUGGUUUUCUUUCAUUCAUCUUGUUUAUUUUUGUUGUUGUUCAAGUGUUUUAAUGUGGAAAGAUUUUUGCUGACAAUAUAGUUAUAGAGAAAUGAUAUUAUAUAUAGUUCUAUAUAAAUGUGUACAAAGGAAAGAAUAUAAAGGGGGUUUUGUCAAUGGGGAUCUAUGCAUGAAUUAUUUUUCAAGAAAGGCAACAUGGAGAAAGGACGGAGAAUCAGUCGCCGCACGUUUUCCCACUUCUUAGUCCAAAUUAAAUAUUUCUCAGCUCAUAAAAUUCUCCCAAAUUCAUUAAAAUGGGAAUUUGCCACAAAUCAUAGAUAAUCCACCAAUUAAAGCAACAAAGCUCAUCACACCGUUUUAUUAUUUAAAGGUAAAUUUUGCAUUAGUUCAACCUGAGACGAUGCAUUCCAACAUUAGCUGGUUUAUGUCAGUAGUUUGGGUUCCCAAAUGUAUUUAUUUUUAACAAUGUAAAGAAAGAGAUCAUUAAUUAUGCAUACAGUUGAUCUGUGCCUAUGAAGUAUUAAAUUACACAGAUGAUAUCAGAACUACUUUUUAGAUAAGCAAGUUAACUCAUCUCACCUCGUUAAUAUUUUUGACAAACAUAUUUUCCUAUCAGUAUAAAUUCAGUAAUCUCCACUGAAUAUCCGGUGUAGCUUCAGGCGCACUUUGCGGGUUUUACGGCCUGCAGUGCAGAGCUGCAGAGACGAAGGAGUUUCUCAACAGGGUAAAGGUAACACAGUUGAUGUCUGUUGUUUCUAAUUGUUCUCCUUCUGUUAGUUUAGGAAUAUAUCAUUUUCCAGCUCUGCUUUUCAAGAUGAAGAUGUCAAACAUGCAUUAUGGGCCCGUUAGCAGAACAGGAACACAUGGUAGCUAACAUGCAAUAUGGCUGACAGGAGUCACCGUCGCUGUCCUUGAACAUGCGCUAGCUUUCACUUGCUUUUAUUUUCCGUUUUCUUACUGCCUGGUGGUCGGGGAGGGAUGGAAACGGGUCAACGCGACAAGCAGCUGAGAUUUUAUAAACUACUGAACAGGAAAUGUGCACAAUGCAAAUCACACGACUGGACAAAGUCUGCAGAUCAGGAGCCAACAAGAUAUAAGGACACGCUGUGGCCAAGAGGAGGACGAAGAAAAACUCGCACAGCCUUAAAUGUUGACAUUUGAACCAGAAGAGAAAACAAACUGAUCAAAAGAAGAUUAAAAACAUUGACAGACUGCAGAGGGACGACCUGCUAAUCUGUCAAAAUAUGGACUCUUUUGUAGUCCCUCCAGUGGACAAAGGAGGAGGGUAACAGGUUGUGAAGUCCAUCUGGUGUUGCAGCAGCUGGGAGGAAAACGUUUGUCCUGGAUGUGGUGGCUUGUUUUAUAUGUUGGCACUAGAGGGCGCCAUUGUGGCAGAUUUCAUUCAGUCCAGAGGAACUGAAGACAAACAGUCCUGGUGGGAGGAUCGAUGGAGGAACACAACAUCUGGAUCAGGAUCAAAACUGUACAUUUUUAAGUGUAAGAAUCAAACAGAUGAAAUUUGUAAAUAUUAAGUUUCUUGUUUUUUUUUCUUUCUCUGUUUUUUCUUUUUGGGUGGAUGAAUGAUAUGCUUAUUUGGUGACAACAAAAGACAACAGGUGCAGUUUGCAAUUAAAACAAAUCAAAGCAAGGAAAUGUGUAUUUACUCACAAUCAGCAGGAAAAGAUUUAGUUUUUAAACUUUUGACAGAACAUCAUCAUGUAGAUAUGCUGUAGCAUCAUGAUUCAGCCUGAAUCAGGAAAGUUUCUGUAGCAGAAUUUUAAUAAAAGCCUCACACAACAAAGACCCAAAUAUCCUGAAAACAUGACAAAAUAGUCCAACUCUGAAAUAUCUGCAUGAGAUUAUUUUUAUUUAACCACUGAACCCUUUUAACUUCUGAAUUAUUAUGACUUUAAAGUGAAACAGCACCUAUAGACUUGACCUUUUUUCACUAAUUUGAUCCAAUUUCAAACAGUCCUGUAGAAACAAAUUCACUCCAUAAAAUAUAAUUAUGUCAUGUAGCGGUGUUUCAUGUAGCUGCUGAUUUAUGUGUGGGAAACAUGUUAGGGCUUUAACACCAUCUGAUGCCUCAUGAGAUCACAGAGGUGGUCCAACCUUUUGAUUUCUGUCACUGCGUCGGUUUGUUGUAGUUAAAAUUCCUCCUAGUGAAGUGAUGCAGCAGGAAGGUUGAUGAGAAAAUGAACAUUAUAUAAGGUCGGAUCUUGUAUCAGUUCAGACAGGCAUCAAAUCACAAACAGCCAACAAAUAUUCAAUAAUCUGCACCUGUUGUCUUGCAUUUUAUGUUCUAUGUAGAAUUCAGAAACCCAAGACUUGAGAUGAACAAAUCUGUUAAAUAAUGGAAAAUAAAAAAAGAUUAAAAAAGGAAAGUGAAAUCAUAUAAAUAAAUGAGGUGAUGAUAUUUCUGUUACUUUAGAAGUUAUUAUACACUGUAUGCUGUGAUUCUGAUCUGGGAAACAUUAAAGACAUUCAUAGCCA